AUGGAUGAAAACAAUAUUAUAUCAUUUUAUAGGUCCACAGAUGCAUAUGGUUGCUUCACAAAUUUUUCAUGGUUUAAAGUUCAUUUUAAAAAUCAUACAUUUAAAACAUCUGAACAUGCAUUCCAAGCAUUUAAAUUUGAACACGAGCAAAAAAUAUUUUUCCAAAUUUUAAAUUCAAAAACAGCGAGUGAAUCAAAAAGAAUAGCACAUUUAAAUAAUGAUAAAAAAAGAAAAGAUUGGGAAACAAUCAAAGAUCAAAUUAUGUAUGAAAUAUGUUUUGAAAAAUUUAAUCAAAAUGAUCAUCUUAAAUUAAUUUUAUUGGACACUGGAAAUUUAAAAAUUGUUGAAAGUAGUGAAAAAGAUUUUUAUUGGGGAAUUGGUGAUGGUAGUGGUAGAAAUCAAUUAGGAAUUACUUUAAUGAAAAUAAGGGAAGAUUUAAGAAAACUGGAAAAUAAUUUUUAA